GUGGAAAUUCGGCUUCCCAAGUUUGUAAAUGGCUCUCUCAUCCCUGCUUCGAAGUUUAGAAGUUCGGCAUUCCUGCAGUUAAGUUACUAGCGCGUAGAUCAGUCGACCCCACCACCCCACCAUCAAAGAAUCUCUAGCGGUCCCUUUGCCCCUCCAAACGAGAAAAAGAUGUCCUGAUGAGGAAUGUCAUAUUUUGCUGCCACCCAAGCCACCCCGGCGAGACUCGUGUCCUGGAACACCAGCUUUUCCCUAGUUCUUUAUAUAUAUUUUUUUCUUUCUUCAAGAUACCCCGAGAUCUCGUUUUACCCGUGCAAGUUGAGCUCGUACCUAAGCUUCCUUCCGUUCCUCGACCCUAGAAGACAUCUUUAGAACGUCAGCAAAAUGAAUACCUCCAUGAUCAAGUCCAAGUUCCUCUCUAACCCAGGGGAACUUGGUGUCGUCGCUGUUGGCUUUUCCGGAGGGCAGUGCAAGCCCGGCGUUGAUGCAGCCCCUUCCGCCCUGAUCGAGUCCGGCCUCCUCGUGCAACUGCGCGACGAGCUCAACUACAAGCUCCAUGGCGACGACACGGUACAUUUGUACAAGGACCUAGUGCCGAAAGACGACCCGCCCUUCCGCAACAUGAAGAACCCCAAGGCCGUCAGCAGCGUCACUGAGCGACUGUCGGAACAGGUCUACUCCCACGCCAAGGAGGGCCGCAUGGUUCUGACUCUGGGCGGUGAUCAUUCCAUUGCCAUCGGAACGAUAUCGGGUACCGCGAAAGCGAUCCGCGAGCGGCUCGGGCGCGAGAUGGCCGUCAUUUGGGUCGAUGCCCACGCCGAUAUUAAUACCCCUGAGUCCAGUGGCUCGGGUAACGUCCACGGUAUGCCGGUCAGCUUUUUAACGGGCUUGGCCAAGGAAGAGAAGCCCGAGUAUUUUGGCUGGUUGAAGAGCGAACACUUGCUCAACUUGAACAAGUUGGUCUACAUCGGGCUUCGAGACGUGGAUCCCGGCGAGAAGAAGAUCCUGCGCGAGCAUGGCAUCAAGUCGUUCAGCAUGUUCGAUAUUGACCGACACGGCAUCGGCCGCGUCGUCGAAAUGGCCCUCGCUCAUAUCGGCUCGGAUACCCCUAUCCAUCUCUCGUUCGACGUUGACGCGCUCGAUCCAAUGUGGGCACCUAGUACCGGCACGCCUGUUCGGGGCGGGUUGACGCUGCGUGAGGGCGACUAUAUUUGCGAGAGCGUGCACGAGACAGGAAACUUGGUGGCUAUCGAUCUGGUCGAAGUGAACCCGAGUCUGGCGGUGGCGGAAAACGAUAUGGGAGCUCAUGAGACAGUACGGGCGGGUUGUUCGCUGGUCAGAUGUGCUUUGGGUGAGUCGUUGCUGUAAGUUUGAUGUUUGGGCACGCUAGCGUGCAGCAGUGCUCUCUCAUCAAUCAACAACAAGCACGUCGGGUGGCGGUUGCCAGCAGGUGUGCAUUGUGUAAUAGGUUACGGACAUGAAGUGUACACGUGCGAGUUGGGUACAGCCGGGCAUCGUUGACACACAAGGCUACGCGCCUUUUCCGAAAGAAUUUCGGGAGCGACGCCUUGGGCUCGAGGAAUAGUCCGUAGCGUGCAGAUAGCCAACCUCUGGAAUAAGAUCGUUUACCCCUUAUUCACAUUGUAAAGAUGCAUGAUAUGCACCGACUGGACUUCACUGAC